AUGGCCCCGACGUUCGUCGCCCUCCUGAGCGUCCUAAGCGGCUCCUUGGCCUACCCGAGCUUCCGCUACAAGAUCCCCAACGGCGAGCGCGUGCCCUGCCCCGAGGGCGCCGAGGGCUGCACCUGGACCGAGGACGACAUCCUGGGGCUGCAGGGGUCCUGGCGCUGCAACGGGCUGGGCCACUCGACGUGCGCCGGCGGGGGCGCGCUCAACGCCUUCGGCGUCGACUUCGUGGCCCACACCUUCGAGUGGCAGAGCGUCUGCGGCCUCGAUAGCGACGGGGACGGCGACACGAACGGCGAGGAGCUGGGAGAUCCGUGCUGCCUGCUGGAGACGGGCGUCGGCGGGUCGCAGCGUCGAGCGACGGGAGUGUUUUUUCGCGUGAAUUUCGCCUGA